UUUAGCGAUUUAACACAUGAUGGCAGAAGCAGCAACUUCGCGAGGUCGAGGUAGGGGUCGUGGUGCCCCUCGCGGAGGUCGUGGUGGUUACGGUCAGAAACGACCUGCUGAAUCCUUCGACUACGAGGACUAUGGUUCCGGAGGUGGGUACACCAAGAAGAGGAAGAUAAUGGACGAUGUGUACAGAUUCCUGGUGAGAGAGGAUCUGGUGAGAGCUGUCAUUGGGAAGGGUGGAGAUCACAUCAGGAUGAUAAAGGAGGAAGCUAAAGCAGCAGGAAUUGAAACCAAGGUGUCUAUCUACGCUCAGGGGUCAAAUGGCGCCCCCCUGAUGGAAGGUGCUGUGGACAGAGUCAUGAGUGUGCAGUCCACCGGGGACGGAUUAGAAAUGGCGCUCACAAACCUCCUGCCAUCAGUGCAAAUCCACCACAACCACAAAUCUUUCAGAGGUGGUCGCGGAGGGGGUGGAGCACCGGGUCAGAAGAGUCAGAAGUUAGAACUCCGUCUACUGGUGCCAGCUCAUUGUUGCAGUGGUAUCAUCGGUAAAGGUGGCUCUGUUAUUAAGCGAAUCAAAGAAGAGACUAACUCCUACAUCCAGGUUUACACUCUUCCCAUGCCGGGCUCAGAGGAACAUUGCGUCAGAAUACAAAACUUUGAAGCUCCUGACCUGAUUGCGACCGCUGUCAAAGUGUUUGAAUCAAUCGCAGAUAUAAAAGGAAAGAACCCGAUAAUCAUGUACGAUCCAAUAUACUUUGAGCAUGGAGAAUACGGUGAUACCGGUAGUUAUAUUGACACAGAGUGGUAUCAGGAAGCACUACGAUCAGGGGUUGCUAAACCCACUCCAUUCAAACAGAUACGAGGAUCAUCAAGAGCCGCCCACACUGCUCCUGCUGCCCCACAUGCUGCUUACACUGGAUAUGAGGAGGAGUAUGAGUAUGGGUAUGAGCAUGAAGGGUACGGUUAUGGGUACGAUGAAGGUUACGGUUACGCUGAAGAGGAGUACGGUUAUGAAGACUACUACGCAUACGCUCCCCCAGCACCCGCGCCAAGAGCACGAGCACGUGGUGCCCCACGUGCACGCUCUCGAGCUGCUCCUCCUUCCAGAGGUUACGGAGCCCCCUCAUCAGCCCCCAGAGGUUAUCCUCCUCGUGGUAGAGGUGCCCCCAGAGGAGCUGCCCCCAGGGGUGCUCCUAGAGGUUACUCAAGAGGAGCACCACGAGCACGUGGAGCUCCCCGCGGUAGAGGAGGUCCUCCUCCAGCUGCUUCCUACGCUCCUGAGGAGGCCGUCGAAUAGACACUUGCUUAUAUUGAUUUUAAACAUCAUGAUCAUCUUUGACAGAAAGCCAUUUAUUUCCCCUACAAGUAUGUUUUCUAUUGUGAGCGGACUAUUUAAACAAUCUCCCAUUCUUCUUACGAAGAUGACGUAUAUAUACUUCUAACUGAGAUGACUCCGGGGGGGAUCAUACACUUAGUACCGGACAUGACGUUGGUGGGUGGGUCAUUUUUUCAUUCUAACAACACUGUUAGUACAUGGUACUAACUGGUGGGUCUACUGCCCAUUUUCCAGAAAAACAGUUAGUACAUGGUACUAAAGGGGGUGUCUAACCCCAAAAAAACCCAUUUUACCUCAAAUUUCAAUUUUGGGAAUGGGUUUUGAGGUUUUUUUAGUUUUUUUUUGGUUUUUUUAAUUUUUAAAAUUUUUAAAAGUCUUCCUUUAAAGUUUAAAUGAGCUCUUUAAAAAAAAGCAAUUUCUGGGUGGGUAUCUUAUUCUAUAUACCAAAAAACAGUUAGUACCACGAUUUUUCGACAGUUAGUACCGCAAAAGGCGGCAAAAGGGGUGGGUGUCUUACGUAUUAUCCAAAAAAACAGUUAGUACCGCAAAGGGGGUGGGUGGGUCUAGUGAAAAAUAUCCAAAACUACACUUAGUCGACGUGAUGUCCGGCACUUGGUACCUGAUCCCCCCCCGAUGACUCGAAUAUCAAAUUUGUAAGGAGCUCCGAAAAUUGUUUAUCGGACGUGCUAAGGUGUGCGUGUUGCCCAAAGCUCUCUAACAUCUUUACAUGUUAAUUUAUAUCUGAUUUAAUAAUUCAUUUUUAAUCCUC